AUGGCUUUGUGGAAGCUGGUUUCCUUUCUGGUUCUCGUUGGUCUUCUCCCUACAGGAUCCUUUGCCCAGCUUGAUGUGUGCGGCAUUGCUCCCCUCAAUCCAAAAAUAGUUGGGGGUGCAGACGCUGCUCCUGGAAGUUGGCCGUGGCAGGUCAGUCUGCAGUUGUACGGCAAGCAUCUUUGUGGCGGUUCCCUAAUCAACAAGGAAUGGGUGCUGACUGCUGCUCACUGCGUCGUCGGAGCAAGCACAAACAAAUUCCUGGUUUCUCUGGGCCAUCAGAACUUGCAGGGAAAAAAUCCAAAUAAGGUGUCCAGACGCGUAGCUGCUAAAAUAGUUCACCCAGACUUUGGAGGAAGAACUCUAGACAACGACAUCGCCCUGCUCAGACUCUCUUCACCUGUAACGUUCACUCACUACAUCAGGCCAGUGUGUUUAGCUGCCAGUGGAAGUGUGUUCAACAAUGGCACGGGCAGCUGGGUCACCGGCUGGGGUAACGUCAAAGAAGGAGAGUUGUUACCGUUUCCUCAAACCCUUCAAGAAGUGGCUGUUCCAGUUAUAGGAAACCGACAGUGUGGCUGUCUCUAUGGAGUUGAUGGCAUCAACAUCACCAGCAACAUGAUCUGUGCCGGCGUUUUGGGCGGGGGCAAAGACGCGUGUCAGGGAGACUCGGGUGGCCCCAUGGUGACUAAGCUGGGUUCUGUUUGGAUCCAAUCUGGAAUCGUCAGUUUUGGUGUUGGUUGUGCUCGGCCCAAUCUGCCAGGAGUGUAUUCCAGAGUUUCCCGUUACCAGGCCUGGAUCAAAUCUCACAUAAGCGAUCACGAGCCAGGCUUUGUCCAGUUCCCCUCCAUGGAACCCGAUCUAGACAACAAUUACACCUGUCCUGGCCUUUCACCCGCCACAACUCCGCCUGUCACCAGUCCCUCAAGCGGGUCAACCAAAGAUACCUUCAUAACUCUGAAACAGUAAAAAGUCCAGAGAUCCUGCAGGAAGUGCUUGCAGAAAAUCACUUUUAAAGAAGUUUUCCAACACAAUGUACUCUGUAAUAAUGUUAUGAAUCACUUAAGUAUUAAAUUAAAUAAAAUUAUUU